CUGCUCGGCUCUCGGUGUCGAAGCUCCUUUAAUCCUCCUAACUAACUAGCCUCGACUUACGCCGCUGCAUUCGCGGCCUCGCAGUCCUCUCUCUCUCUCUCUCUCUCUCUCUCUCUCUCUCUCUCUCUCUCUCUCUCUCUCUCUCUCUCUCUCUCUCUCUCUCUCUUUCUUACUUCGUCGGCCUUUAGCAGUAAGAGGCAGCUGCAGCAGCAGCAGCAGCUCUAGGCACGAAAGAUAUUUCGUAGCAGUCAGUUGCAUCACCGACUCCCGGCUCGCUGCAUUUGCUCGCGUGUGCUGUAUACGUGCAAUUCGAUAUCUAUAUGUGUUUAUUAAUCCUUUCUGCUUCCUUGGGAGGAACAAUAUAACGGGGACUUUGUUAGAGAGUGAAACUCUGUGCCUUUUUGCGUGUGUUUAUAGAGUCGAUCGUUUUCUGGUUUAUUGGAUUUACGCUGCGCUUGAGGUUCUUUUUCUAUUAGUAGUGAGCUGUUGCUCGAAGGAAUUCUUGGGCCUUUUUUGCAGGUGUGGUGUCGUUGGCUUCAGGAGAAUCACCAGCUUUGGUUGUUUAUAAAAAAAAUGAUAGUUGCCACGCACUAUAAUCUGCAACAAACGUUUGAGAAAAUAUAGGGAAAGAGAAUUUCAAGCUGAGCAAUUAGAAUAAUACAUAAAAAUACCUGUGCCUACAGCUGGUGAAAAGAGCAUGUAAAGAGCCGCGACAAAGAACGAGAGAGAAGGAAAAACUGUAUUAAUUUUGUAACAGAAAAAGAGUUGCGUGAAAGUGAAGAAAUUAUACCGGCGUGAAUGCGAAUGUCCUAACGCAAUAUCCUAUAACCCAUGUCCAAGCUCGAGAAUGGAGUUUUUCACGGAGCGGUCGAGAUCAACUACUGGGAGAAGUCCCUCGAGGGUAAGGAUGCGCCAGGCUCAGCCGGUGAUCGGUUAGCCAGCUCAUCAUCAGCAGCAGCAGUAGUAACAACAACCAGCAACAGCGACAGCAAUAAGUCCCGGGAACGCGCCGACAGCGGCUGCUGCGAGGACGUCGGCGCCGCCCAAGUCGACGACAUGCCUGAGCCCAAGGAGCUGUUGUCGGCCCAGCCCGACGACGAGGAGCUGGCCCUAGACCUCGACUUCAUCCCCGACGAAGCCCUCGAGUACGCCAGGCGCGAGCUCGGCGAGACUGACGAGGUCAAGUGCCAGACCAUCCACGAGCUGCGCGAAAUGAUAUACGAGCGAGGCGAGUGCAUGCCGCACCGAAUGGACGACGAUUUCCUCUUGCGAUUCCUUCGUGCUCGUAAUUUCAAUGUCAAUCGCGCCCAUCGAUUGAUCGUCCGCUACUACACCUUCAAAGAGGAGCACCCGGAGAUUCACCAGGACGUCAACCCGGUAGAGAUGAGGCACAUCGGCGACGACGAUAUAAUGACCGUGCCGGCUUACCGAACACCUUGCGGUCGUCGCAUGAUGAUCUAUCGGAUGGGCAAUUGGGAUCCUCGCAAGUACUCCGUUGAGGAGAUCUUCAAGGCGACGGUCAUCAUACUCGAGCUGGGCCUCCUAGAACCUCGGGCUCAGAUACUCGGAGGCAUCGUCAUCUUCGACCUCGAGGGCAUCACCAUGACUCAUGCUUGGACGAUAACUCCCCAGGUCGCCAGCAUGGUGUUAUCCCUGAUGGUGGCAGCCUUCCCGAUGACGACCCACGCGAUCCACAUCCUGCACCAGUCCUGGAUCUUCGACACGAUGUUCGCGGUGUUCAAGCCGCUUAUCGACUCCAAGAUGAACGCCAAGAUCUUCUUCCAUGGCUCGGACAUGGAGAGCCUCCACAGGCACGUGCCCCCCGAGUACCUGCCCAAGAAGUACGGCGGCACGCGCGAGGAGUUACCCUACUACAGGUGGAUCGAGUCCCUCGGCAAGGAUCCACGUGUCGUCAAGGAGAUGAAGGGCCUCGGCUACGUCAUUCCCGACGAGAUCUGCAAGAACGACAAGGACGACUGAUGACCCCCCUACACUUCACCGAUUGUCUCUCCCUCUCGCUUUUCUUAUUCUCUCACUCCACUUCCUUAUCUCGCCUCGUUGUCUGUCCGCGGGAUGAUGCUGAGCUUUUUUCCCUUUUUUUCUCUCUUCCUUCCGAUGUCCGUCGUUGGGGGGAGGAAAUUGAAAUCCAAGUGCGCUGAUUGUCCACGGCGAAUUUUUCGUGUUUUACCGUAGUGCGGAGGAGACUAUGGACGAUCGGGAUUGUAACGAAAUUACGAGGUUUUUUUCUUCUUCUUCUCUUCAUUCUCGCGUCGGGAGUGUGAUAUGUGCCGGAAUGUUUAGUAAUUUUAUUUAGAUUAACUUUAGAAUAUUAUAUACUGUUACACUACUGUUUUGUAUAUUUCAUUAUACUCUUCUAACUCGGAUGACACACACGAUCGUAGUGCAUAAAUCGUUUGUAUUUUCAACUUUACUGUAGAGCAACAUUUGAUACACGUAUGUAUAGGAAUUUAAGACGGAACUAAAAUUUGAAUAUUUUUAUAUUACUAAUAUACAUUUAUACAUAUUUUGUCGUACUAAUAUAAUAAGCUCAAGUUUUGAUAUACGCAUAUACACAUUUGAAAUUCUAGUCCAAAGCUCACAGAAAUGUACAGCCGUUGUCUUUCAACGCUUAUUCGAAACGACUAAAUUGUUUAUACAACUAACGCGAUAUAACACACAACGUUCACUCACGUAAAUAACAUAUGUACAUUGUAAGUUGGAAGAUGUAUGUUUUUAAUAAUUUUGUAUACCCAGACAAAAUAAACGAUAAACAUUUUCAAAACA